GUGAGCCGCCCCGCGCCGGGGCGAGGGAGCGGGGCCAUGAAGAAGGACGUGAGGAUCCUGCUGGUGGGAGAACCCAGAGUUGGGAAGACAUCACUAAUUAUGUCUCUUGUCAGUGAAGAAUUUCCAGAAGAGGUUCCACCACGGGCUGAAGAAAUCACCAUUCCGGCUGAUGUCACCCCUGAAAGAGUGCCAACCCACAUAGUGGAUUAUUCAGAAGCAGAGCAAAGUGAUGAGCAGCUUUACCAUGAAAUAUCACAGGCAAAUGUGAUUUGUAUAGUAUAUGCUGUUAACAACAAGAAUUCUAUUGAUAAGGUAACAAGUCGAUGGAUUCCUCUCAUCAAUGAAAGGACAGACAAAGAUAGCAGGCUGCCUCUUAUAUUAGUUGGAAACAAGUCUGAUCUAGUGGAAUAUAGCAGUAUGGAAACUAUCCUUCCCAUUAUGAAUCAAUAUACAGAGAUAGAAACAUGUGUAGAGUGUUCAGCCAAAAACUUGAAGAAUAUAUCUGAGCUGUUUUAUUAUGCACAGAAAGCUGUUCUGCAUCCUACAGGUCCUCUUUAUUGCCCAGAGGAGAAAGAGAUGAAACCUGCCUGUGUUAAAGCACUCACUCGCAUUUUUAGAAUUUCUGAUCAGGAUAAUGAUGGUACUCUCAAUGAUGCAGAGCUCAACUUCUUUCAGAGAAUUUGUUUUAAUACACCACUGGCACCUCAAGCUUUGGAAGAUGUAAAGAAUGUAGUCAGGAAAAACCUAAGUGAUGGAGUUGCAGAUAAUGGAUUAACAUUAAAAGGUUUUCUUUUUCUACACACACUUUUCAUUCAGCGAGGAAGGCAUGAAACAACUUGGACUGUUUUACGUCGAUUUGGAUAUGAUGAUGACUUAGAGCUUACACCAGAGUACUUGUUUCCUCCGCUAAAAAUUCCUCCAGACUGCACAACAGAAUUAAAUCAUCAUGCAUACUUGUUUCUUCAAAGUAUUUUUGAUAAACAUGAUUUGGAUAGAGAUUGUGCUCUGUCUCCUGAUGAAUUGAAAGAUUUGUUCAAAGUCUUCCCUUAUAUGCCAUGGGGACCUGAUGUUAACAACACUGUUUGUACAAAUGAAAGGGGGUGGAUUACAUACCAGGGCUUUCUCUCUCAGUGGACACUAACCACAUACUUGGAUGUACAGCGUUGCCUGGAGUACCUGGGUUAUUUAGGCUACUCGAUACUUGCAGAACAAGAAUCUCAAGCAUCAGCAAUUACAGUAACAAGAGAUAAAAAGAUAGACCUCCAGAAAAAACAGACUCAGAGAAAUGUUUUCCGAUGCAACGUUGUUGGAAUGAAAGGCUGUGGGAAAAGUGGAGUUCUUCAGGCUCUUCUUGGAAGAAAUCUGAUAAGACAGAGGCAAAUACGUGCAGAACACAAAUCUUACUAUGCCAUUAAUACAGUCUAUGUAUAUGGCCAGGAAAAAUACUUGCUGCUACAUGAUGUCAGUGACUCUGAAUUUUUAACUGACACUGAGACCAUAUGCGAUGCUGUCUGCCUGGUAUAUGAUGUCAGUAACCCGAAGUCCUUUGAGUACUGUGCCAGGAUUUUUAAGCAGCACUUCAUGGAUAGCAGAAUACCAUGCUUAGUGGUAGCUGCGAAGUCUGACUUGCAUGAAGUUAGACAGGAAUACAGUAUUUCUCCUGCUGAAUUCUGCAAAAAACACAAAAUGCCUCCACCUCAAGCCUUUACUUGUAAUACGGUUGAUGUGCCGAGUAAGGAUAUCUUUGUUAAACUGACAACUAUGGCAAUGUAUCCCCAUGCCCGGUUACGCUGUAUGUGCGCCUGCAACAGGUGUACAUUUUGCAUCUGUCAGAACUUCCUCAACUCAGACUUGCUGCAAUCUGUAAAGAACAAACUCUUCACUGCAGUUCUUAACAGGUUAAGACCCUACAUAGAUGAGUUGGGGGCCAUGCUGUUAGCAGACGAGGAGAGCAGUAUUAUGCAGCAGGUGCACGCCGUCAACUUUGUAGAAGAUUCCAUCUUCAUGGAGUCAUCUCUUGGUCCACGUUUACUUGAAGACAGGCAUGUGACACAAGCGGACCUCAAGAGCUCUACGUUUUGGCUCCGAGCAAGUUUUGGUGCUACUGUCUUUGCAGUUUUGGGUUUUGCUAUGUACAAAGCAUUAUUAAAGCAACGAUGAACUGAGAAGAAGCACAUCUGGCCCUACCAAAUAAAAAACCCCCACUUUUAUGUACAUUCUGAAUGCUUUAAAUUCUG